GGAACUUGUUCUUACUGUGUUACCUAAAACCUACCAUGGUAUUUAUCCAUAGACCGGCGCAGAUAAUCAUUUAUGAUGAACUUCCGGCAAAGCCACUAGUCAUUGAUCAUUUUAAUAGCUUAUCGAAUGGGGUCUACCAAAGAGUAUCAAAUAGGUGCGCAUCUAGUAUCAAGCGCAAUGGAUUGGUUUGGCAAUUGACAGGGGUGGACCUUUCUGCCUAAUUAAAGAUGGAUGGACUGACUGGGACCUCAUCCGAUAUCAUUAUGGACAAGAUGAAAGUGUUGCUAGACAAGAAGAUAAUCUAGGUUUAGGGAACAAAAGUCAUGUUCAAUAAUUUAAGAAUGGUAGUUGUCGAGUAGUUGCAAGAAUUCAUAAUUGCAGAGCAUUCGUAAUUGAGCGACAGAGUCAAAUUAAGGUGAGGUGGUGGUGUUGAUGAUAAGUAAGAUGGAUGUAUGUUCCUGAGGCUACCAUCAUCACUGUUGCUGUCAGCCUCACCCAUCAUCCUUCAUCCAUCAUCCAUCCUCCCAUCAUCUUCCCAUCUUCCCAUCUUCCCCAUCUUCCCCAUCUUCCCCAUCUCUCUCUUCCUCGUCCUCUUCCUCUUCCUCAUUCCUCUCAACCUUCAACAACCUCCUCUCCCUCCCUUCUCUCCUCCUCCACACCACUAUCCGAACCUCUUCUCUCGUUCUUCCAAUCCCCUCUUCUGGCGCAGAUCUCUCGCUUGUUGUGCCUCGAUGCCUCCCCGUCCGUAUCUUCUCCGACCGCCGCCAUAGUUCACUCACCAUCCCCUUCCCUCGGCCGCCCUCUACCCCCCUCCUCUCUCGCUAUCUCUCCCUCUUGCUCUCGUCCACUCUUUUUAUUUUUCUGGACCUUCUCCUGCUGCUUCCUUUCCUCUCCUCAGGCCUUCCCCCCGUCUUCCUGUUUUAUCCUCUUCAUUCUCUGUUUCAUCUUGUUGGUGGUGGGUGCCACGGUGGUGCCUGACCCAGAACAUAGUGACUGUUCCCCCUCUUCUCCGUCUUCCAUCUCCAUCUUCGCUUUCCCCCCCCCCCUCUUCUUCCUCCCCAAACUUCACCUUCCCCAAUUCCCUUCUUCCCGCC